AUCCUUCUUUCAAAAGAACCAUUGUAACCAUUGUACAAGACUGACUUAACCCGCUUAGAUGAGUAUAUAUAUACUUAAAAUUGUAGAAAGGAAGCAACUUAUGUGAAUGACAUGAAGAGCGGUCAAGAAAUCUCAAAAACACCAUCCUCUUCUAAGAGAACACUAAGCCAGGGUUCAGUUGAUAUAUAUGCUGCUCAGUGCAAAAAUUGUUUGAAAUGGAGAGAGAUUGAUACACAGGAAGAGUUUGAAGAGAUUAGAAGUAAAGUGACUGAGGAACCUUUUCUUUGCAGCAGAAAGGCUAAUAGUUCCUGUGAUGAACCUGGUGAUAUUGAAUAUGAUUCCACUCGGACGUGGGUCAUUGACAAGCCUAACCUCCCGAAGACUCCACAAGGUUUUAAGAGGAGCUUGGUGCUUAGAAAAGACUACUCCAAAUUGGACGCUUACUACAUCACACCUGCAGGCAAAAAACUGAGAACCCGCAAUGAGAUUGCUGCGUUUCUAAAAGAUAAUCCAGAAUUCAAAGGUGUGUCUGCUUCGGAUUUUGAUUUUUCUUCCCCAAAGAUAAUGCAAGACACCAUCCCAGAGAUUAUUGAGCAGAAGGAUUCUGCUAACAAGAAAGUUAAGAUAGCCAAAGAUGAGGUUUGAGAAAUACCAUCUCUAGUUUGCAUGCUGCGAAAGAUGGUCAUUCUGGUUGGUUUUUUGGAUGCUACUUUAGAGACUGUUUGAGGUAAAGCCAAAGCUUGCGGCGUCGAAAAUUUUUUUGUUCUCGUGUCUUUUGUAUUAUAUUUAAGUAUGCUAUUACCAUGUUUGAAUGUAAUCGCAAUUCGCACACCUAAACAGAUAUUUACUGCGGCUUGUGUGGUUCAAACUUAAAAUGUAAACAGAACACCACAAAAGAUAUCAGUGUUUUUUUAUGCAUCCUUAUUGUAUUGUCUCGCACCA